UAUAUUUUAAUGUAGACCAGUCUGGUGAUGAUGUGAUCAGUGAUUCAGCAAUAAUCAUAUCAUCAUACCAUAUGAUAAGAUCACAAACUUAAAAAGAGCAUAGUGAAAGGGAUAAUGCUUCAUAAUAAAUAAGGCCGUGUUUGGUUCAUACAUAACCAUAUUCACAUUCUCUGUACUAUUGAUCAUGGCCUUAUUUUUCCGGCAAUUAUCCGGCGGCGGCGCCACCACAUCGUGCGGCCAUGUUCAACUCCGGCAGCCCGCGGUUCCCGCCGGAAUUUGCAGAGUCCGUUACAGGCAUUCUCCUCCAAUGCCGGAACUCUUGAGAAUGCGGUUGGUGGCAGUGGGGUCCACCGGCGGCGGCGGCGGCGCGUGGGGGAGUAAGAAGAAGUUGGGGCUCUGCUCCUAUGCGGUGGGGGAUCGGAGGGUUGACGAGGAUGGCGGGAAUGAUGACACAGCGGAGAGAAGUGUGAAUCGUGCGGUGGAGGUGGCGGUGGCUGCCGCCGUGACGGUGGUGAUGGGCGUCGGAAACAGAGUUCUGUAUAAGCUGGCUUUGGUUCCGAUGAAACAAUACCCUUUCUUCCUCGCACAGCUUGCCACUUUCGGAUAUGUAAUUGUGUACUUUGCCAUUAUGUAUAUCCGGCACCAUGAGGGUAUUGUUACUAAUGAGAUGUUACAUGUGCCUAAGACUCCAUUUAUAGUUCUUGGUCUGUUGCAGGCUCUUGCUGCUGCUGCUGGAAAGGCAUCAGGAGCAAUUCUCUCUGGUGCAUCAAUUCCAAUUUUGUCUCAGACUUUUCUAGUGUGGCAAAUUCUCCUGUCAAUUAUUUUUCUUGGGAGAAGAUACAAAGUCAACCAACUACUUGGAUGUCUUCUUGUAACCAUUGGUGUCAUUGUUAAUGUAGCAAGUGGAGCCGGUGCAGGAAAUUCAUUAAUGGAAGGUGGUAUGUUUUGGAGUCUUUUGAUGAUAGUUUCAUUUUUACUCCAAGCAGCUGAUACCGUGUUGAAGGAACAAAUAUUUUUGGAUGCUAACAGAAAGUUGAAGGGAGGUUCUUUGGACCUGUUUGUUGUCAAUUCAUAUGGAUCUGCAUUCCAAGCACUAUUUAUAUGCCUUCUUUUCCCCUUCUUGUCAAAAUUAUGGGGCAUCCCCUUCAGUCAACUGCCAAACUACCUUAAAGAUGGUGCAGCCUGCUUCAUAAACAUUGGUACAUUAUCAAAUGGAUGUGUUGGUGCCCCUCUGCUGCCAUUGCUGUUCAUUAUUGUAAACAUAGGUUACAAUAUUGCAUUACUUCAUCUCCUCAAGAUCUCUUCAGCUGUUGUAUCUUGUCUUGCUUCUACAUUUUCAGUCCCAAUAUCCAUCUAUGUGUUCACUUUGCCAUUGCCAUACCUUGGUGUUGCUUCCUCCCUUCCUAAGGGUUUUCUGGCAGGGGCCAUCAUUCUCAUUAUUGGCUUAUUAAUUUAUGCUUGGGCCCCUUCAAAUGGUUCCUUGGGUGCUUCUAGAGAAGCCAGGAUGAGUUAAAAUGAGUUGACAUUUCAUUGGAGAGGAUAUAACACUUCAAGUAUCAAAUUCAAGUCCACCCUAAUGUGAAGACUAUAAGGAGAAAGGAAGAGAUGUUGUAUAUAAUUUGUUUGUUCAAUGAAUUGCUAGUAAGCAUUCUUGAUGAGUGGUCAAGUGAUCGAAAGAAUAGGAUAUCAUAGAAAGUCCCAAGUUCAAUUUUCGUGUAGCUUAGAAAAAAUAAAUGGAGAAUGAUGAAUGUAAGACUCAUCCCAAUCAUGUCCUUAUUCAAGAAGAAUAAUAUAUGAGACAUACAAAGAAGCUACGUACAUCGAUAAUGAUGAAUGGAACACCUUUACAAUA